AAUCUCUGCCCUAUAAAUGAAACCAUCUACUACUCGUCUCUACCCACCUCACCAUUCAACACAGGUUAGCAUAAGCAGCUGACACAGUAAUGAAGACAGUGAUUCAGGUUGGUAUCUAUUGCCUCAAGUGCCAGACAAGUGUUAUGAAGGCUGUCAGUGGCCUUACAGGUGUCAAUAAAGUGGAGGUAAAUGUGGAUAAGCACACGGUGACGGUGUUCGGCGAUGUGGAUCCCGUUGCGGUGACCAAAAAGUUGAGGAAGAAGACAAAGAAGACGGCGAUGAUACUGAGCGUAGGACCGGAGAAAGACGAGCCCAAGGAAAAGCAAGAGGAAAAAAAAGGGGCAGCCUCAAUCCCUUCUUGCUGUCAAAAGUGCGAGACAAUAUACCUGAGCUUCGAAUCCAGCAGUGGCUGCGCCAUUCUCUAAGCUGGCUUGCAUCCGCACACCCCGUGACUUCAUGCAUUAUGUUUUCUGCUUGGUCGUUGAUAAGUAUUCCUUGGUACAUGUAAAAUUUCGUUGCAAGUUUCAUAUUUUCAUUUUUUAUAUUGUAUCCCUGAAUCCAGAUCCAUUUAAUCCAUGACUUUCUAGGUGACUGAA